AACGGACUGUACCAGUCCGUCUCAAUUCUCGAUUGUCUCAUCUCACUCGUUUCACUCGUUUGGCAGUCUAGCCGUUCUCCAGUUCGAUCAGCUCGGUCGGUUCCAGUCGAAUCACCAUUUAUUUUCUCACACUACCUUAGAUAUUGUAUACAUCAAGCGUUUAUUUUUCUCUAUCGUUCUACUAACAAUAAACACUUUCCGAGAAAAAUGGAGACGGAACCUAUAAGUGUCGUGGUUACUGGUGCUGCUGGACAAAUUGCCUAUUCUCUGCUAUACCAGAUUGCAGCUGGUACAGUUUUUGGUCCACAACAACCUAUUAAUCUUCGAUUAUUAGAUAUUCCACCUAUGAUGAGUGUAUUGGAUGGCGUAAUUAUGGAAUUGCAAGAUUUAGCACUUCCUCUUUUACGAGAGGUUUUGCCAACGGCAGAACCAGCCAAGGCCUUUAAUAACGUAGCGGCUGCCUUCUUGGUUGGCGCAAUGCCAAGAAAAGAAGGAAUGGAACGUAAAGAUCUUUUGGCUGCAAAUGUUGAAAUCUUUAAGGUACAAGGCGAAGCACUGGAUAAUUAUGCUCGUAAGGAUGUCAAGGUGUUAGUUGUAGGUAAUCCUGCCAACACUAACGCGCUUAUCUGUUCACAUUACGCACCAUCUAUUCCAAAAGAAAAUUUUACAGCGAUGACUAGAUUGGAUCAAAAUAGAGCACAGGCAGCAUUAGCCGCACGAUUAAAUGUGCAGGUUGAUAAAGUAAAGAAUGUCAUUAUUUGGGGUAAUCACAGUUCUACACAAUAUCCUGAUGCAGCGCAUGCGACUGUAACGCUUUCAUCCGGCGUAAAAGCAGUACCAUCUGAGAUAAAUGAUGACGAAUGGUUGAAUCAUACCUUUGUAGAAACAAUUCAAAAACGCGGCGCCGCCGUAAUAGCUGCUAGAAAAAUGUCCUCCGCUAUGUCCGCUGCUAAAGCCGCUGGUGAUCAUAUGAGAGAUUGGUGGUUUGGAACCAAGUCUGGAGAGUGGGUUAGCAUGGGUGUUGUAUCGGAUGGAAGUUAUGGAAUUCCGAAAGAUAUUGUAUUUUCCUUUCCUGUCAUUAUCAAGGACAAGCAGUAUGAAAUAGUGAAAAAUCUUCCAAUUAACCAUUUUGCAAAGUUAAAGCUGGAAAUUACAUCUAAGGAAUUAGAGGAAGAACGCACUGAGGCAAACAACGUACUGAAAAAGUGACUAGUAACAUCAGUGCCAAACAAUGAGAUGCAAAAGAAAUUGGUGUUGGCAAAAUUGUAAAAUAUAUAAUUAUGCUGCACUCAUACAUAAUACAUGCAUACGUACAUACAAAAAUAUAAGCAUGCAAAAAUAUAAAUAUACGUGUAUAUAUACAUAUGUACAUAGAUAUACAUACAUGUAUACAUAAGGAAUAAUGCUCAUGCAUCAUCAUAUAUAUGAAUAUAUAUGUAUACACACCAUAUAUUUCAUACAUAUAUAUAAGGUACAAGAAAAAAGAAAUAUAAAAAUGACGCAUACAAUGAUUGCAUUUAGCGCAAUAACGAUAAACAUUAGUUAUUUACACAUCUUGUUGGAUUUUUUUACUCAAAUUUUGGAACACUAUAAUGUGUAACUCAAUGUAAAUAUAUACUAUAUGUAAUUAGAUGAAACUUUGAUUAAAAGAUACAAAAUAAAGCAUUAAUACAUAAUUAUUAAUAAAAUAUAAAUGCUAUAUAACUUGUUAUAGAUAUUAUGUGCAAAUUAUUGUUGUAUACAAGAUGCAUGAUGUAUCACGAAUAAUACACACACACAC